UGGUUUUCAUCAGGAACUAGAGCUGAUGAGCAACAAGAUUCCUACUGAAUAGAGCGAAAAUACUAAUAACUAUAAUGUGUGUCGGAUAGAUUGCAAACCUUAUUGACAUACAUCUAGUUCACCUGAUAGUAACACAGAGGUCACGCAAGAUAUUUUUUGUGGUCCGGAUGUCUCGUUCAGACGUGCUGUCUCUCUACAGGACGGUCCUGCGCAUCGCACGCAGCUGGACAGCGCAGUCUGCUCUUCCACACGACACUGACACCGAGAGGAAAUAUAUCACUCAGGAGGCUCGAAGCCUCUUCAGACAGAACCAGCAGAUAACAGAGCCAGAAUCAAUCAAGAGAUGCAUUGAAGAGUGUGAAGCUCGGAUAGAGAUAGGACUGCAUUAUAGGAACCCCUAUCCAAGACCAACGUAUCUUCCUCCGAUGGGUCUGGCCACUCAGAAAGGCAGAAAGCUGCGAGCUCAGCAGAGACUGAGGAAACAAGCCAAGCCGCUGUACCUACAGUCUCACGAUGACACCUGACACACACAGACUGCUCAGAAGCACCUGGAUCAUUAUAAAUUCUUGUGUGUUCAUGUUAUUUCUGGCUACAAUGAUAGCAUUAUGAAAAAGAUCACAGUGAAGUUUUUCUCACUGCCAGUGCAGAGCAUGAAUGUUAUAUUAGGGAUAGUUCAUAGUUUACUCGCCCUCAUGUUUUUCCAAACUUGUAUGAAUUUCUUUCUUGAAUAGAAAAAAAUCAUAUGGAAGUGGUUUGAAACAACAUGAGGGCGAAUAAAUGUUGAAAGAAAUAUAAUUUUUGGGUGAACUAUUCCUUUAAUGUGAGCUGUUUUGUUUGAUGUUAAAGGUGUAUUUAUUAUAUUUGUCAUAUACUGCAUUGUAUAAAGGUAUAAAGUUAAACUGUGCAUUAAAAGUAUCUAGCUGUAUUUCAGUUGAAGUCUAUGUUGAGUUUACACCCUCAAUGGUUUGUCUCUGCACAUUUACCUCUCAUCGAAGUUAUGUGAACAUGCAUCGUUGUUUUAUUAUUCUAUUCAGUUAAAUUAAACUUAACAACAAUA